AUGGAACACGAUGGUGUCGCGGUAGCCCGAUCUGCUGCGUUGCAUGCAGGAGCCAGCAAGGGCAUGCAGCGUCCGACGUCACCUUCAUCGUCUUCCCCCGUCUCUUCCUCCUCUUCUUCUUCUGCAGCCAGCGGCGCUGCAACGCUGCUCGCAGCUGACUCGGCGGCGAUAAGCGCCCGCAAGCGAGCGGCAAAAUCAGCUUGUCCAGCGCACAGCGGUGGCGCAUGCCACUCAUCGCGAGGCAUGCUUGAGCACGUGCCCCCUGACCGCCACGCGCGCGCGCGCAGCAUAACCAGCCCGGCACCUCUGCUGCAUUUGCCUGCCGCUGCCACUCCUGCGGGGAAAGCACAUGACGCGAACGCGCACGCUGCAGGGCGAGGGUAUGCGCCGCUCGAGCGGGGCGCCGACUCGUUCGCCAUGUUGGCGUCGGUGUCGGCAAAUGGCACGCGCUCGGGCGCAGCAAGGCUGACGCCGAUGCCUGCGAGCGGCUCGAUUCCAUCCUCUCCAGCAGCAGUAGCGCCCGGCACCGCGACGACUGCGCUGCGUAGCACUGACCUACGCAUCCAUUCCAACGCUUCAACGCCGCGCAAUGCGUCGGCACGCUCGCGCACGCGCUCCAGCUCGACGGCCCGUCAGCAGCCGCACCAGCAGCAGCAACAACAACAAACACAGCACACAGCGUCCGCGUCGACGACGCCGCCGCUGUCCGCCGCGGAGCAGGCGCGCAAGCGCGAGCGCGAAAAGGAGCGCGAGACGGCACGCGCGGCAGAGCGCGAGGCGUGGGAGCGCACACGCGGCGCGGGCAGCAGUGUGCUCGACCUGCUCGGCGUGGACGACUGGCACGCGCGUCAGCUCGCCGCGAGCUGGCAGCGCAAGCACAGGACGCGCACCGGUAUGCAGAUGCGAACGGCCGCGGAGGAUGCGCCCGCGAAUGGCAAUGCCAUUCAUCACGAGCAGGACCCAGCAACUGCGGCGGAUACCCUGGAUGCGCAAGGCGCGGAACAAGCCCUGCACAGAGGCGGCAGCGAGUGUGCUACGAGCAGCAGCAGCUGCUGCAGCAGCUCCAGUGCUACCAGCGACGAGUGGACUGCGGAGGAUGUCCUGCCGAGCUUGGAGGUGGUGCAGAGUCGGCGCUUCGAACCACUCCAGGUGCCCUCUGCCGACUUGCUGCUUAGCCGUGGGAUCUCCGAGUACACUGUCCUACCCAGGAUUCUCGGGCGCGGCAAAUUCUCUACAGUGUUUCUGGCCGUCAAAAACGGGAAGCGCUACGCGAUCAAGCACACCCCGCUGUUUCCACACCACCACCUAAUCUCGACGCGCCUGCUGCGCGAGCCAACGCUGCUGGCCGAGCUGCCGCCGCACCCGAACCUCGUCGCGGUCAACGAGACGAUCCGCACGCCGGGCCACUUCUACCUUGUCGAGGAGUACCUCGGUGGGUACGUGACGCUUGAGGCGCUGCUGCCAAUGAUGAGCCAGACGCAACCGCCGCAACAGCCGCAGCUGCCGAUCGACGUGGCGGACAAGGUGUUGACGCAGCUGCUCUCUGCUGUGCACGCGAUCCACCACCCGCUGCAGAUCUGCCACCGCGACAUCAAACCCGAGAAUAUCCUCGUGCACCCGGCCACAAUGCAGCUCAAGCUGCUCGACUUUGGCCUCGCGACACACUUUAGCAAGAGCGAACCGAAGCUCUCCACGUGCUGCGGUAGCCCUGCGUUCCAUUGCCCGGAGAUCGUCCACGCGCUCGCCAGCCCGCCGGGCGCAGUGCAGUACUGGGGGCCAGAGGUCGACGCGUGGACCUGCGGCAUCACCAUGGUUCGCGUCCUGACUGGCAUCCGUUACCCGCUCGGCGCGUCGCACGCCAGUCUGCGCUCCAUGGCCAUCCGCGCUCAGCGUGCCGUUGCGAUGAUCCACGACGUGCGCAUGCGCGAAAAGGUCUCCAUGCUCCUCGAAAUGGACGGCGUGAAGCGCAUGCGCUACUUUACCCAGCUCGUCAGCGACCAGCAGAGCGUCCUCGAAGAGCAGCACAGGGGUGUAAAGGAGUUCAAGAGCACCACGUUCAUCCCCACCGAGCCCGCGCACACCAUGCACCUCCGCCUACUCACCCGCUCCGCCACCGAAGCUAUCGCGUCAACGCCCGGUUUUGCCAAAUCGAUGACCGGUUUCCACUCUAACCUCGCGACGCCCGUCGGCUCCCGAGCACCAUCUCCAACGCGCCUCGCCUCCGCUGCGUCUUCGUCCACCGCAGCGCCCUCGCUCAUACUCCUCAACACCUCCGGGCACCCGCCCCAGCGCUUGCUGAGCUUCAUCAAGUACUGCCUCCGCUGUGCAGGCGUCCUCUACCACUGCUGGGCCGAUACCAGCGCAGCCAACAUGUCCGCGCUCCUUUCCCACGCUUUGCACGAGAUCGUCUCCACGGGCACGGGCUCGUUCAGCGUGCCUGGGACACCGGCCGUGGAGCUGCCGCCCUCGCCGACGACACCCAUGUUCCCUAUCAUGGGCGAGCGCGCGGACGGCUGGGGCCAUGUCUACGUCUUCGAGUGCGUCAUGGAGCUUGUCGAGCGCAAGGACGAGGAGCAAGAGUCGCAGAGCUCCAUGUCCCUCGUGCAGACCAUCAUGGCCGCGUUCGGUCGUCGCACGAGCGACAUGAACACCAAGAGGAGCAGCAGCACACCAGCACGCAAUAACGGCAGUGCAGGCGCGCAGGCGGGCGCUGCGAAAGGGGCCAAAGGAAAGCCAUCGCCAGGGCCUUCGGGUAACAAGGGCGCGAUCAAUUGUUUGACGUUCUACCUCGUCAUCCGCUUCCCGCGGUCACCUUCCGCCCACGCGGCGCUGUCAGCACGUCCGGGCUAUAGCCGCUCCUCUUCCGCAUACGGAAGUAGGCGAUCGCGUGCGAGCUCUGUUGCAGGAACAGAGGUGUGCAAGAUGCCGACAGCUAGCCGCGCACUUUUCCAAGAACCUGCGGUGGAGAACAAUACUCUCCGAUUGAAGCCGACUGUACCAGCGCCAGGCACGGAGACUGAGCGGGUAUCAACGACGCUCAGCAACGAGAAAGGCGAAGGGCAUACACCCAAAGCUGCAUCGCCCGGGCCGCUGCAGAAUCCGCUGCAGAUCGUCACGAGUCCGGACGGUCUGCUGAACCUCAUUGCUAUCAAUGCAUCGCGCUCGCCGCCAUGUUCGCGCAAUUCGUCAAGGACUCGCACGAGAGGCAGCAGCAAUGCAGCGCACAUGCCCAUCAGCAACAAGCGCUCGAGCCACAAGGGCAGGGUAUACAUUCAAGUCUCGGACGAGCGCGCAGUCGAGGUGGUCAAGAAUGCUCUAAGCCGCGGCGGAGUACAGGAGCCCUCUGAUGUUGAAGACGACGCUGCGACCGAUGGAAAUGACACAGACUCCUCGCGCAGGUCGUUCACGCAUCAACGCCAAAGCAUGCUGCGCUCCCGGUCUCACGCGCCGCUGACUCGCUCGAGACGACCUUCGCGGGGCGCCGCCGCCUCCGAAACGGCAGCGGCAGAAAUCACGGCCACGAGGGGCAGGCAGCCUUGGCGCAAAGGUCAUGAGGAGGUGCGACAAGACCUAUCCUCUGUCGCAGCAGUGAAGGAAGAGUCACCAUCCAGUUUCGACUUGGAGACCAUGGUCAACGACUGUGGAACGCACUUGGAGAAGGUUAUCGACCCUUCGGGCCGUGCCAUCGAGGCCACGGACGCACAGACUGCCACUCAGGCGCUCACGGCCGCUCGUGGCAUUCUUGUUACAAUGUCCAAGACUUUUUCUGCUUUGGAGCAGGCGGAUCCUGAGCGUCUAAAGUCGAUCCUGUCGCCUUGGACGUUUAACCUUUUCUCUGCAGUAGCCCCCUCGCUUGGGAUCAAUGCCGAGGGUCUACUCUCCUCGGAAGGAACGACGCCGCCUGUACAAGGUUCGGCAAUCAGGUUCCUGGGUGCGGACGUCUUGCAGGUCGCGGCCCGCAAUCUGAGCCCGCGAGAAGUAUUCGUUGCCGUGCAAGAGUGUAUGGAGUUGAUGCUGGCGGGAAGUUCAAAGAGAGAGAAAGGUCAGGAAGAACAGCAAGCGGAAGCGGAGGAUGCAGAAGACUCUUCACGUGAGCCUCUCGCAGCGCCGGUUUGGACGGGAGCGCUAGAACUGUCGGGCCUCCUCAAUGUCCUUAACACAGUGCUCCCGAGACUACAGUCGAAGAAACCACACAAGUUCACGGAGACACUCACUGAGACAGUACCCAGAGCUGUUCGUCACCUCAUGGCCAAGCUUGCAGCAGAUUCCGACCUUUCGGCCUCCCGCCAACAGGAGCCGCGCUCUUCUCAUGUGCAUCACUCCUCAAGCAGUCCCAGCACAUGGACUGAACCGCAGUCUCCGCUGAAGAUGACUGCCGUCCGAGAGCUGUGCGAAGGGCUUUGCGCUUUGACUGAGACGCUCAUCGGAUGGGAGGCUGCAAUGCUCAGCGCGGCCGGAUCUACAACGCCCGCGCCCCAAACAAAUGGUGGUGCCUCAGAGAGGGUUCUUGCCCUCUUCUUGGGCGGCUUCACAUCGCUCCUUCCCAGCCUUCCCCUCAUCAAUGGCUCGGAGGCGAGCCUCGCUGAGCUCCACUUCAAGUCUCGUGAGCCUAAGUACACCUUCCAUCGGCCAGCUACGACUCCCUUUUCAGUUCCAACUGCGCCUCUCUCUGCAUCGAUAAUGUCAUUGUCGUCGGACCGGACGGUGCUGCAGGGAGAUGCUCAGGGGCCUGGGCAGCUGUGGAUUCGAAUCAGUGAAGUUACAAAGAGCCUGCGCACCAAUCUCAUCGAGCUCGCAUUCGAGCACCAUGCAGCCGCGGAAGAAGCAUCAUCCCCUUCGGCUACAAUGCAAGGCACGAUAUCCCUGGGAAGCUUUCUGUUGCUAGCCCAACUUCUUGCUCGCAACCUACACAAUGACAGCUUGGGCAUUCGAUCACCCGGGGAGUGGACCCCAUCUGAGGCUGAGCAGAUGCUCGAGAAGGCACUUCCGACUCUGAUGGCAGGUCUCGGGGCAAAGAUGCCACCGAUGCUCACGGCUUCAGGCACAGCAUCAAGUGGGCGCGCUAGUGCUCUGUCCGAUGGCGCUCUCUUGUGGCUCAUGUGGUGCUUCGAGGGCUUGCGUCGGGACACCGAGCGCCUCGAGCCGCUGGAAGAGAAUGUCUCGCUACCACUCGUGCAGCUACUUGCCUUGCAUGCAGCUCUGUCGUCCGCGCCCAGUUCAAGGCACAUCAGCAUUCGUAUGCUUCGCGAUCUUCUGGUAGAUUUGAUGGAGGAGCCUCUGGCACUCGAUCAGAUCAAAGACCUUAUCUUUGAGACGAGCUACCCUCCGCUCAAAGCUGCCUGCGUGGGUUUGCUUAAGGAUGUCCUCGAUCAGAAGGCGUCGUCCGACUCGCUUUUUUGGAACCCUGUCGCUCUCACAGAGGUGCUCCCGGCUUUUCUAAACGCCACCGGUAUUCCCAAACCAGACACUAGCUCUGAGGGUGAAUUCAAAACAUCAUAUGAUGGUGCGCUGAACGCUUUGGAGGAGAAAACGUCUUGGAUUAGCGAGGUGUCUCACUUCUUCUUCUAUCUUCUGCGGAGGGACGUGGAGAACAAGACCGGGAUCAAAGAUACCGUCACGCUCCAGCGUCUAAGAGAAGACUUUGCCGACCCGCUAUGCGAGCUGCUUGCCUCUUGGGAAGCCGCUCUUGAUGACGAAACAAACAGUAGCAUGGUUUCGCCGCGCAGAGGGCAGGGGGACGACAUUCGCGUCCCGCUGAACAUCAUUCGCCUUGCUUUGGAUCGCCUCUUUGACGAAUUGCCAAGACGUGAAUGA